AUGGAAGGUGAAAGAAGAUAUAGUAGGGAUUACGAACGUUCUAGGUCUCGUUCACCAGCUCGUCGUAACUAUUAUGAUGAUGAUGACAACAAUACCGGUAACAGCAACAAUUAUCGCAACAAUAGAAGAGACGUUAGAAGAGGAUCAAACAAUGGAUUUGGUAAUAGAUCCAGAGGCAGAGGAGACAGGUAUCAUAACGAUAGAUACGAUUCUAGAGGAAGGGGAAGUGGUGAUGACAAUCAAUUUGAAGACAGAAGAAGAAUGGGGGGAAGAAGAAGAAGAGAUGAUGGAAACAGAGAUAGAGGAAGAGGUAGAUUUAAUCGUGGAACCAGAUCCAGAUUCAACGAUAGAGAUGCACCACCGCUAGUGGAAGGUGCGUCUUAUGAAGAUAAAAUGAAUAGAAACUAUGAAAACAGUGUUUUUGUUGGAAAUCUUCCUUAUGACUGUACGGGGCGUGACUUGGAAGAGCAUUUUUCUAAGCUUGGGAAAGUUAUUCGUGCAGAUAUUAUUACAAACCGUGGUCGUCAUAGGGGUAUGGGAACUGUUGAAUUUGAUAGCAGAGAUUUAGUUUCGGACGCAAUUAAAAAUUUUGACCGUUCAGUUUUUAUGGAUCGUGAAAUAUUUGUGAGAGAAGAUAAUCCGCCACCACCAUCCCUAUCGAACUCAAGAGAACAUUAUGAUGACAAUUCUAAUUACAACAACGAUUAUAAUGUUUAUCCUGAUUAUAGAAAUAAUAACAAUACUAAAAGUAAUAUUAGUCGUAAUCCUAAUAGCAAUGGCUUUGAAUUAUUUGUUGCCAAUUUGCCCUACAGUAUAAAUUGGCAGGCCUUAAAAGACAUGUUCAAGGAAUGUGGGAAUGUUACCAGAGCAGAUGUUAAUUUGGACAAUCAAGGAAGGUCUAGGGGGUUUGGAACAGUGUACUACUAUACUAGAGAGGAAGCAGAAGAUGCCAUACAUAGAUAUAAUGGUUACGAGAUGGAAGGCAGAAGGCUAGAUGUACAUAAAGGGAAAUAUGGUUGGAAUAAUAGUGACGGCAAUGAUGAUGAUUAUGCAUUUAACAAUAAUGGAGGAUAUGAUAGAAAUAGAUCAAGGAAUUACCAGAAUUCUAACAGCGAUGGUGACCUGUUAAUGCAAGAUGCUGGCAAUAUCAACAAUGAUAUUGGUACUGUUAAGGGUGCUGUUGGUGCUGAUGAUAUGGGUGAUGAAUCAAACAAUAACAAUAGACCUUUUAAAAAUGAAAACACUGAAUUUACUGCUAAAGCUGGUCCAAACGGUGAGAAGAGCGAUACUCUGUACAUUCAAAAUUUACCGUCAUCCACUGCUACCACUGACUUGUAUGAUUUAUUUGAAACCAUUGGGAAAGUUAACAGAGCUGAAUUGAAAUACAAUGAAAGAAAUGAACCAACCGGGGAUGCUGUCAUUCAAUACGAAGAUGUUGAUAGUGCUGAAAUAUGUAUAACUAGAUUAAAUAAAUAUGUUUAUGGUGGUUUAGAGUUGAGUAUUAGUUACGUUAAGUAUGAUUAA